AUCUGGGAUGGAAUCAGGACUGACCCCAGACUGGGCAACAGUUCUUACCCAGAAUGAAGCUGUGCACAGUUUCUCCCCAGAGAUUCGUGACACCUCCUCAAGAACAGAACUAUACUUGCAAACCAGACAGCACUAGAACGGGAUGACCAAGGCUGAUACAAUCCAAAGUGGGAGAUUCCACAACAGCAGUUCCAGCCAGGAGUCUCCUGGUGUCUGGUCGCUAAAUACUGGUUUCAAGCAAAGCAAUGGAAACCACAGUCCAGACACUAUGGUAGGACAAGACCGCCUCUCUCCAGAUGUGGAAUGGGAGGCCAUGGAGACUUCAGGAUCACUUCAGGACCACAGUCGAGUCCACGGAGAAUCAGAAGAUCUAGACCAUGGAGAGACAGAUUUCCACAAGCAAGACGAGGAGGCUGAGCUCUAUUCUCAAGACCAAGAUGAGAGCGGCAAGUCUUCCUCCUCUUCAUCCUCCUCCUCAGGUGCUGAGCAUGGGGAGCCUGACGUUUUGAAGGAUGCGCUUCAACUCUAUGAAGGUGCCCCCGGGGAGGUGGUGCCGUCUGAGGAAUCAGGACUCCGAAGGAGAGGCUCUAAUCCAGAGAGUGGAGAAGUGGAGCCCUCUCAGUUAAGAAGACUAAAUAUAAAGAAGGAUGAUGAGUUUUUCCAUUUCAUCCUCCUCUGCUUUGCCAUUGGGGCCUUGCUGGUGUGUUAUCACUAUUAUAAAGACUGGUUCAUGUCCCUUGGGGUCGGGCUGCUCACCUUCGCCUCCUUGGAGACCGUUGGCAUCUACUUUGGCCUGGUGUACCGGAUCCACAGCGUCCUGCGUGGCUUCAUUCCCCUCUUUCAGAAGUUUAGGCUGAUAGGCUUCAGGAAGACCGACUGAGGCCAGUGCCAGGUGGGCAGCCAGGCCAGGCCCCGGUGUGACCACCACUGCAUCCUUUCAGCCCACGAGGACAGAACAGCGUCCUGGGAGACACGCUGGCAGGCCAAGCUAGAGCAAUAAAGAGAGCGCUUUGCCUUCCAUGUGUUCUGAACAUUGGCACCAGCUGGGCCAAGGUGUCCCUCGGGCAGUGUUGGCAUGCAACCCAGCUGCCAGGAUGGCAGGAGAGGGAGGGAGCGGGCCUGUGCCCUUCCCGGGGCCUGGAUCAGCGGGAGGAUCCUGGGACAUCACUCCUCUCAGGAGCCAGUGGGAGACCCCUGGGCCCUGCAAGGUGUAACGUGUCGGGGCUUGUGAAUUCUUUCAAGUCCCCAGGCCAUCCCGGGACAGACAGAUGGUCCACUGCCCUGAGGCAGGGAAGUACCACGUCAGGCCCCUGGGGUGAACCUGAUACAGGCGAGAUUUGGGGGAACUAAAUCCACAGCAUCCAGGUCUUCCUAUUACCUAGUGCCAGCCCUGCUGUCCUUGGACUCCAUUAAGAGGCAAAUAAACAUUCUCUUCCCUGGACUAAAAAGAGUCAGCUAAAUAUUCCUUUCAGUUUCUUGAGUGUGAGAAUACAUUUGAGGUCUUCUUUGACCCCAUCUAGUCAGAGGGGGCACCUUGUCCUACUGGACAAAGUAUAAAAGGGAAUAAAUGCAAAAAGCCCCUCAUUUUAGGUCCAAGACUUCAAUUGCACAGGUUUGGAAUAGGAGGCAGGGUUUUGCAAACGUUCUUGUGAAGAAGAUCUGGAGCUGUUAGGUAUUCUCAGCUCAACAAAUACCAAAGAAGUAAGAUAAGAGCACAAAAAAAUCCAUUGCAAACUCGGGUUGUGUUAGUGGAGGUAUAGAGACUAGACUGAAGGAGGUGAUAUUAGGUUCUCUCUUGUACACAGCCAGACCACGCCAGUAGAAUAUGUUCUAGAUUCAUAUAUCAAGAGUGACAGUGACAAACUAGAGAAUACACAGAAGAAGAAACUAGAGUGGGGAUGUAAAGAAUAAUUGAAGAAGUGACAACUCUUUGACUUGCCGAAGAAAAAAAUGGGGACCUUUACUGAGCUCGUGGACUCUGAAAGACACUUUCUCAAGUGUCUGUGAUUGUCCAGGUCCAUUAUGUGGUUUAAUUCUCACAACAGCCUUGAGAUGUGUACAUCAUCCUCUUUUUGCAGAUGGAGAAACAGAGACUCGAGGAGUUGUAGUAACUUGUCAAGUUCCCACAGCAAGUCAGUGACAGAGCUGUGAGUGGAACCCAAGCCUGUGUUCUCCUGACAGAGCUUGGCUAGUGCAGUCCCCCACCCCAGGCAGAGCAUCCCUGAGGCAGCUGCAGUUUAUUCCCAGUAUUUCCCAGAUUUGGGAGUUCUCAGACUUACAGAAUUGUUUUUUAAUUUUUUUAAAAUUUAUUUUAUUUAUUUUUGGCUGGCAUUGAGUCUUCGUUGCUGUGCACAGGCUUUCUCUAGUUGCGGUGAGUGGGCUUCUCAUUGCGGUGGCUUCUCUUGUUAUGGAGCACGGGCUUUAGGCAUGCGGGCUUCAGUAGUUGUGGCACACGGGCUCAGUAGUUGUGGCUUGCGGGCCUAGUUGCUCCGCAGCAUGUGGAAUCUUUCCAGACCAGGGCUUGAACCCGUGUCCCCUGCAUUGGCAGGCAGAUUCUUAACCACUGCGCCACCAGGGGAGUCCCCUAGAAUAUCUCUAUAAAGUGAGAAAAGGAGGGCUGCCAACUCCUUAUCUUGCCAAUUAAGGAAAUAAAAAUAGCAAAAAACAUCAACUGUCAGCAUCAUUUUAUAACAGAAAGGAUAGUCCCGCAUCAAAAAAGCAGGGAAAUUGUCAUCAGAAACAAAAUGGGGCUUAAAAUGAAAAAUGAAGCUUUAUGGAAAUCUCACUAUGUGUCCUUUGCCUUCAAGUCACUGUGGUCUGGUGAAAAUUUUAUCAUUUGGAAACCGUGAGACUAAAGAACUCCUCAGGACUUUUACAUUCUCUCAUUUUGGGGGUUUUCCAACUCAGCUCCCACACCUCAAGGGAUGAAAGGCUUGCUACCUCCCAAAGCACCUUGUACUGCAAGAAUUUUUCUGCUCUGUGCUAAGACGCCUCUGUCAAUGAAGCUUAAGGCCUUCUUUCAACAGAACAAAUGACCCACGGGUAGGGAAUGUUCCUGAUAGUCAUGACUAUGUUAUCUCAACUUUCGGCUCUCAGCUCAGCCCUGACAGCAGCACCUGGGGCCCAGCCCUCCAACUUUGUCCCUCGUUUUCAAGAUUGUUUUGGCUGUUCUGGGUCCCUUGCAUUUCCACACAAGUUUUAGGAUCAGCUUGUCCACUUCUGCAAAGAAGCCGGUGGGAGCUCUGCUGGGAUUGCAUUGCACCUGAAUAUCAGUGUGAAGAGGAUUGUGCUUCUUCUUAGUGAUGUAUUACCUCCUUUUACAUUUUGUUAGAAAAAAAAUUGCCCCAAAUCCCAGAACCAAAAUCCACCACAGAUGGUAUUUUGGUGUGUUUCCUGUGAGUCUUUUUAUUGCAUAAGUUCAUUUAUUUUUAUUUUGGGCCCUUUUCUCUUUCAUAUAUAAUAAGCAUUUUUCCGUUCCUACAUACUCUCCCUAAGCAUCAUUUCCGGCCGCUGGGUAUUUCAUGCUUUACAGAAUAAUCCGUCUAUACUUAGAAGAUAAUAUCCGCAGCUAACAUUUGUUCAGCACUUGUUCUGUGCUGGAUGCGGAGCCAAGCACCCUGCAUACACCGUGUCGUUUCAUCCUCAUCACAACCCUGAGAGGUGGCACCUGUCCACGAUCCCCAUUGUACAGACAGGAAAACGAAGACACGGAAAGUUAGUUUCUGAGGUUUGGAUUUCAAGCACUUGUGUAUAACUUACUUUCCUCAAAAGGGAGCCUGGAGUGCACAGAUAAGAUAUUUAUCAAAUGAACAAACAGCAUGCAAGGUUUCACAAUAGAAACAUGAACUUGCUGACUUGAGGGCAGUGUGGUUAGCUUUCCCUGUCCCAGCCUCAGUUUCCUCAUCUGUACAAUGGGGAUCACAGCAGCGCCCACCUCACAGUGUGCGGUGAGGGUUAUGUGAGAUGAUUGCAUUUCCGGCACAGAGUAGAGGUAUUUGAUUUGGGCAGAGGCACAUAUUAAGGCCCUCAGGGGCAGGCAGGCAAACUCAGCCCGGUGUAGAACAGUGUGGAGCAGGGAAGAGAGGGGGCCGAGGGAGCCGAUACCUGACCUAAGGGUGACUGCCUGUGAAGACGUGAGUUCGAACUGCCGCUGGUAUCCUUGGGCUUUCUGGGCCCAGGUGUCAAAGGAGGGGCUCAGGUGGGUCAGGUUGUAGGGGCCCCUCAUGCGCUGGGAGAGAAAGACCCCCACCUCCAGAUCUCAGUGGAGGGUCUGCCUGCCCUAGUGUGCUGCCUCCCUGGGGCCCCAGCCCCCAGCACUGCCCUUGGAACCCCUCACUGCUUCUCUGCCGAGCUACAGCUCAAGGCCAGUGCCAGUGGGGUCUGGUUACACCUCAGGCGUCAGGCAGAUUCCUGGAGCCCCAGUCCAACAAGUGGUCUAAAAAUAAAGCAUUGAAUCCUGAGUCCAGGAAGGCAGGGUUGCAAAGCGGGGCGGUGGAGCAGGGCUUGACGGGCUGGGCUUCCAUCUCUGGUUGCCCUGGACACUGUGCACUGGGUUUCUGCUGUGACCACAGCAGAGGAGGACACGGGUAUGAGGGUAUUUCGAGGCCAUCCAAGCCAGCUUGCACUGGGAGGAAAAGAGGGAAGCCCGGCAGUGCUGUGGCAGUUGUCUCCUUCUCCUGACACGGCCCCAGGAAUCCUCCGUCUACUCCAGAGGACCCAGGCAGGACCAGAGAUGGAGCCAGGGUAUGCUGCUGACUGAGCCUGGGAAGCUGGGGAAAGCACUUGACGUGGAGGCUGGGCUUUGCGAGGAAGAUGUAGGGAAGGGCUUUGCAGGCAGAGGGCCCAGGGUGGGCAAAGGCAUGGAGGAGUGAAAGGACAGCAUGUCUGGGGGGCAACAGGUAUCAGUCCAGCAUGGCUGGGUAGGAGUGAGGAUUAGUGGGCAAGAAACCACCAGGGCAAAUGGCCUGCUUCCCCCUGGAGAACCUUGAGAGCUGGGGUAAGGAGCUGGGCUUUAGCCUGAGGACAGUGGGGAGCGACGGAAGGUGUUUGAGCAAAGGAGUGGCAUGGUGAGAUUGCAUUUUAGAAAGAUCACUCUGGUGGCCCUGUGGGGGCCAUGCGAAUGAGCAUGACCUCCAACUACGGGGAAGAUAAUGGACCAAGGGCUGCUGUGCUCUGUGUGUGCCCCGAGGCCAUGCUUCCCGUGGGAUGCUCUUCGCCGUUGACUCAGGAGACAUACUAAGCAGGCCCUUUCCUGGGAGACACAGGACUCCCCUGACAGUUGACUUCAGCUUGAGGACUCCCUGACGCCUGCCGAACUCUCCUUAGGUAUCCAGCAGACAAAACCCUUCCACCUGACCGUCCUUCCCUGUCUUCUUCCCCUGGGGCUAGAUUUGCAUCUUCCCAGCCUUCCCCUCCCUCCCUUUUUCUCUCCCAUAGGUGUUUUCCCUAAGGACAUCCUUCCAUAUUUCACCUCAUCCUGUGCUAGCUUCUCAGAGGGCCCAGACUAAUGGGAUGAGACUAGAGGGGCGAUAGGUGCAGAGAAGAAGGGUAAAUUUGGAGACAUGAAGGUCUAAUCCACUGUAUGGCUGGAAGUGUGCACCCACCGCAGCCCCCUGGCCUUUCCCCAUGGCUGGCGUUCUCAACAUGCAGCACGGCAGUCCUCUAUGUCCAUAUUGGUCUUCUCAACUAGGCUCUGAGUUUGUUUGAUAAAUAAAUGAAUGAAUGAUUAAGCAAGUGAAUGAAUGAAUGAAGUGAAGAGGAAAAAGGAGUCUAGGAUGAUCCGGAGCUCCAGUUGGGGUCACUUGGUUGUAGCCAUUAUUUGGUAUUUGCCCGGUGUUUUUUCUGCCACUGCAAUUUUCCUUUGAAGACUAAACCUCUUUUGUGCAUCAGAGGAGAUUAUCAAGAGUGAAAAGACAACCCGUAGGAUAGAAAGUUAUUGCAAGUCAUCUAAUAAGGGUUUAACAUCCAGACUAUACAUAUAUAAACUCCUACAACUCAACAACAAAAUAAACCACCCAAUUCAAAAAUGAGAGAAAAAAAAGCAACGGAAUUGAAUGGACAUUUCUCCAAAGAAGAUGUUUUUAAAAUAGCCAGUAAGCACAAGAAGGCAGGUUUUCAGCGGAUUGGAUGAGGCCUACUCACAUUAGGGAGGGCAAUCUGCUUUGCUCAGUAUCAU